AUGAACAGGGGUCGCGUGGAGCCGACGCCGCCCGAGUGCGCGGCCGCAGCGGAGAUGUUCGACCUGUUCUGCUCCGCGGGCACCAUGAAGACCAUCCUCGCCUGCCACCGGCAGAUAUGCCACACGCUCAACCUGAGGCCCAACAGGCUGCCGGACUUCUAUCCCAAACUAAAGACAAAGUUGGCGAGCUCGUGGAAGGCGCAGGCUCUAUUCAAGAAGUUCGAUGCUCGCGCUAACCACAAGGUGUACGCGAAGGGUCGUGCCAGUGCCGCAAGUAAAGUGCUGGUUAUAGGCGCCGGACCGUGCGGCCUGAGAGCCGCCAUCGAGUGCCAGCUGCUCGGUGCCAAAGUGGUGGUGAUAGAGAAACGUGAUCGUAUGUCACGCAACAACGUGCUCCACCUAUGGCCGUUUGUGAUCCAGGACCUGCGAGCUCUGGGAGCUAAGAAGUUUUUCGGCAAAUUCUGUGCCGGCUCCAUAGAUCACAUUAGCAUUAGGCAACUACAAUGCAUACUUAUGAAGGUGGCGUUAUUAUUGGGGGUGGAAUUUCACGAAGGCGUCAGUUUCGAAGAGCUACUGGAGCCAACGGUCACAGAAAACUCUGAGACGUUAGGGUGGCGAGCGAGAGUGUCUCCAACAGCUCACCCGGUGUCUCAGUACGAGUUCGACGUGUUAAUGGGCGCUGACGGCAAGCGGAACACACUGCAGGGCUUCAAACGGAAAGAGUUUAGGGGGAAACUGGCCAUGGCGAUCACGGCCAACUUCAUCAACCGACACACGGAACAGGAGGCAUCGGUGCCUGAAAUCAGCGGAGUGGCGUUCAUAUUUAACCAGAAGUUCUUCAAGGAGCUGUACGAGGCGACGGGUAUCGAUCUCGAAAAUAUAGUGUAUUAUAAAGACGACACUCAUUAUUUUGUCAUGACAGCAAAGAAACACAGUCUCCUCGACAAAGGGGUCCUACUGAAUGACUACGCGGAGGUGUCCCGCCUGCUGCAUGUGGAGAACGUGGACCGCGCGGCGCUGAUGCGGUACGCGCAGGAGGCCGCCCGCUUCUCGACGGGUGGCCGGUUGCCGUUGCGCGAUUUCGCCUUGAACCACUACGGAGAGCCCGACGUGGCGCUGUUCGACUUCACGUCCAUGUACGCGGCGGAGAACGCCAGUUUGGUCCGCGAGCGGUUCGGUCGCCGGCUACUCUGCCAACUGGUGGGCGACAGUUUGCUGGAGCCGUUCUGGCCGACGGGCUCCGGUUGCGCGCGCGGCUUCCUCUCGGCGCUGGACGCGGCGUGGGCGGUGCGCGCGUGGGGACACGCCCCCUCGCCGCAUCCGUUGCACGUGGUCGCCGAACGGGAGUCCGUCUACAGGCUGUUGGCUCAAACAACACCGGAGAACCUCCACCGGGACUUUGGCGCGUACACGCUGGAUCCCGGCACGCGGUAUCCGAAUUUGAAUCGCACCGCGGUCGCACCGCACCGCGUCACCUCAUUCUACGAUUCAGACGAUCCGCUACCUCUGGACGCAACGCCCGCCGCUAAGAAACGACGCAGAGAACCGGAGAUAUCUGAAGAGGCUCUAGUGUCGUGGGUGGGAUGGGGCGAGGGUGGUUUGCGCGCCGCCACUGGUCCGGCGGCGAUGACUGCUCUCGUACGACGCUACCGACCGGAUUUACUGCCGUCCGGUGCGCCCACACGAUCCGUCUACACCGUUCUACAACACGAAUUCGGCAUAUCUCCCCUUGGUACCAGUACAGGUGGGCGAGAGAUACCCGAGGCGCGGCUUAGAGCUUACUUAGCGCGUGUCUAUCUCGCUUUCAAAGGUGAAGUGCCUCACGUACACCACCAGACAGACGUCUUCGAUCAGAUCAAACAAAGUCUACAGAAAGAGAAGCACAUUCGGAAUACUACCGACCAUUCGAUAUCUGCGUAUUCAAAUGCAGCUGAAGCCGACAAGUCCCACUCCAGCAACAGAAAGAAGAGACGCUCAGUCAGGACGCCCCAAGUAAGUAACGAUUCAGCUGAGUACAUACGCAACAAGAUCGGUCAACUAGAUCUCAACGAUAUCACACAUCUAGCGCGGCUGCUCGACGGACACGACGCCCUCGAUACGGACAGACAGAUAGACAAACAGAAAGAGCUACAGGAGCAAAUCUUGGCUCUCCUAGAUCCCGAUGAAUCACCUGAUCCCAAAGUACUCAGGGAAUCCUUAGCCCAACUGUUACAGGGUGGCGUGAAGACUAAAAUCAAAUCGCAAGAGAAACUAGCUCACUUUUUCACUGAAACUUCAGAACAGAAACCGGUGAAGCCUCCGCGUAAGUUAAAAGGCUUAGACGCUUCCACUAUAAAAGUCCCAGAUUUUUCCGAUAUAUUUCAGGACGACACAGAUACAGACGCUACUUUAGUGAACACAGUGAAACCGAAAAAGAAAGAACUAGUGAAGGCAGCCUCGGUCGAUAUACCUACUGCUGGGAAAUUUGUCAGGGCGUCGUCUAUAGACGUGCCGAAGAAAAAGGAAAUGGUACGCGCUGUUUCAACGGAGAUCGCGUUGCCCAAAGGUAGACGGUUAUCCGAAGUGGUCGAUUUACACAAGAGGCGGCAUUCGCAGAGUCCAGAAGUGUCUUUUGGUCGUUCCAGUUCCGUAGGGCCCGCGGAGGCGGCUAACACAAGACGCAUCGCUCAGUUAUUCGAAGGUAGCAAACGGCGCAGGACGCCCAGUCCGGAAGCGAGAACGACACGUUCGACGUCGAUCAAUCCCGGAAUGGCGCUCCGGAUGCAAAGGAUGACGGAAAUGAUCGAGGGGAAACGUCAAGACAUGUCCAGUCCGGAGCGCGUGAAGCGCGAAUCUGUGGGGAAUCCGGAAAUGGCGUUACGUUGCCAACGUAUGGUGGACUUGAUAGAGGGCAGCAAGCCUAGGCUGGAGCCGCGGCAAUUGGAGCAGAGGCGGGGCUCUGGGGAGAUGUCGUUCCGUAUGCAGCGGGCGUCCGAUUUGAUGGCGAAAAAGGUGGAGGGGAAGAGGUCGCGCGGCGGGGGGAGGAGGCGGGCCGCGCGCGAGAUCACUAGGCAACGCUUCGAGAAGAGUCUCCAGAUGUUGGUGGCGGAGCCGCGGCCGGAGGGGGGCGGGGCGGGAGGCGGGGCCGAUCUCGAGUAUGACGUCGGCUUGCUGCAGUACCGUGCGAACGCGCCGGAGUUCCGCGACCGCGUGCAGCAGCUCGAGAAGCAACUCCAGCACUACGUGAGCCGUGUGCCGCAUGAACGAACGACGCUAGACUACACGCGUAAUACUCUGCAUGAAUUAACGGAUAUUAACAAUCACCGUUGUUGUUUUUGUUGUUGUUGUUUUUUUUUUGUUUGUCUUUAUGAACACUGUGUUUUUUACUAA